UGCAGGGUGGCUCAUCUGCAGCGCCACACGAGAACACCAUCUCCCAGAAUGCUGUGGGUUGUCCUGCGCUUGCGUCAGUAGUGCGACAAAACUCUUUUGCUAAACAAACCAAAUACGGAUGUUUUGAUAAAUCAUUUAACAAUGGAGUUGGAACAGCCAAAAGAAUACUGUGCACCAACCCAGCCUACACCCACAUCGCAGACAAAGAGGCCAAGUCAGGCUCUGUACGUCCCCAAGCAACGACUUAAUGCCUCCAAAGACAAAGCCCAGACUCAGGGAGAAGUUAAGCCGAGACCCAGGCCUCGAUACACAGACAAGGCACGAAAGAACGCUAAGAACAAGAAGGACAAGGCUGGAGGGGAAGAUAAAACAGCACCCGUUGAAGGAGAAGAUGGAGGUCAGAUACAGAACGGUGACACAAAACCUGAUGUGAAGGCAGAGCGGCUACAGGAUACAGAUGUGCAGGUUAAUGGGCAACCUGAGUCGACCAGUGUGGAAGCAGAUAUUACCUCACGGCUGGAAGCAACAUCCCUUCAAGAGGAAAAGGGCGAAGAGGAGAGCUGGGACACGUUGUUCAACGAUGAUGGAGAUUGUUUGGAUCCACACCUGCUUGAAGAGGUGGCUGCCAUGGAAGGUAGAAAGAAGGAGUCAAUCCAGGAUCCCAGGUUCGAUUACUACAACAUGGAUCGAGACGAUGACGAUGACGAUGAUGAUGAAGACGACAUCGACCUCAGAGAGGAUGAACUCUCUCACAUCGUAGAGAUCUACGACUUUCCUGCAGAAUUCAAGACAGAGGACCUUCUCAAGUUAUUUCAGUGCUACCAACAGAGAGGCUUUGACAUUAAGUGGAUUGAUGACACGCACGCCCUUGGUCUCUUCUCAAGCCCCAUAGCAGCCCGUGAAGCUCUAAGAUCCAAACAUCCACUGAUGAAGUUGCGACCGCUCUCCAAAUCCUCCUCCGCCAUGAAAGCCAAAGCCCGUAGCUUCUCAGACUACCUCCUGCCUGCUAAAGAGAGACCUCAGACGAGUGCAGCACUGGCUCGCAAGCUUGUGAUUGGUGCCCUCGGUGUAAAGAGCAACCUGUCCAAGGAGCAGCGCGACGCAGAGAGGAGGAAACUCCAGGAGGCAAGAGAACUAAAGCGCCUGGCAGCCAAACAAAGGGACGAUGCUUGGGAGGGGAAGUGACUGGCGAGAACCCCCCCCCACCAUCUUUUUUCUUUUUCUUUUUUUUUUUAAUAGUCCUUGAAUCAGCAGAGGCUAAAAACGUCCCUGUUUCUUCUCCUGCUCUGUUUUUCUCAACUGGCCACUCCUUCCUACCACCAUACUUCCCAGAAAUGGAUUCCCACCAACUUUUCCAUCUUCCUGCCACUGUCCGUCAGCCUGCAGUGUUACCUCAGAGGAGAGCGUCCUACUACUGGUCCCUCUCCUUUGUCUUCUUAUUUUCUUUGCUUAGGGACUGUUCUCUCGCCUGGACCUGGUUUCAUAUUGGUAACACUGUAACUAAGGUCUGCACUGAAGCACUGAGUCUAAUCAUGAUUAUUUUCUGUAUAGCUCUAAAGCCCCAUGUUUGUCAUUAUAUGGAUUUUUGUAAAAUGUUUUUAAAGGUGACCCAGGUAAAUUCACCUGUAAAUGUAAGGCAAGAAAGAUUUUCAGUUAAAAAUACAGAAUCAUGUAAAUUCAGUCAUGAUGAUACAGUACAUUAUUGUAUAUGAAAACAUUGUUGAGAUUCCAUUCUGUUGUAAUGGGUUAAAUUAAAUGUUGUGUCAUACUCAGUAUUGCCGCGUCGUUAGCAGUGUAACGCUGACUUUUAUUAAACUUUUGCCUAAAUUUUAAACCUUCAUGUCAGGUUGUUUGCACCGUUUGAACUGUGUUGUGUGCCGGUCAGGGAGAGGAUUUGUCACGAUCUUUCUAGCCAGUUAAGAGUAAGAAGGCAGCGAGAGUUUUUAAGUCAGCGGGAAAUGUGGUGAACACUGAGACCUUGGAGGAGUCUUUAGUACAUGUACUGUAUAGUAUCCCAUUAUUGUAUCCCCCACUUGUCUAUAUCCAAAAGCAGCAACAGUAAUCUAAUAUUUGGUACGUUGUUUUGACGAAUCAGUGAGACUCCCAGCUUACCCUUCAAUUGCAUGUCAAAUUAUAGUUUCAGACAUUUAACAACUUCUUAUUUGUUAAAAACACUGUGAAGAGCAUCAUUAUAACAGUAUAUUUAGCCAGUACGGUGAAAACUAAAUCAAACAGUAUGGGGUCUUAAAGUGGCUGCAGAGGGCACAAAUCCAGGGUCUGUAAACUUGAAUGAAACUGUUGAGCAAAUAUUAUAUAACAGUUACAUACAUUUUAAUUUGUCUGUAUUAGUAAAACACAGUAAAUUGUUGAAUAAAUGAUUUAAAAAAAG